AUGCAUCAGAUGCUGCUGCUCUCUCUGCUGCUGAGUCAGUGGUCCCGGUCUGAGUCCCUGGACCCAGACUACACUGUGAUUGUUGAGCCUAAGCCGUGGUCUGAUGCUCAGGCUCACUGCAGACGGUUCUACUCAGACCUGGCCUCCGUGAGAGACAUGAAGGACCAGCGGAGACUGGAGAGGGUGCUGGACGGAAUCACGGAUGUCUGGAUCGGACUCCAUCGGACCAGUGACCAACUCAAGGACAGGAAGUGGCACUGGUCCGAGCCCACGGUCACAUAUAAAGAGGCAGACGCUCAGUGGGGAAUACUGGAACCUGAUGAUUAUAGAGGCCCUCAGAACUGUGUGGUGAUUAAUCUAUGGAACAACUGGAACGAUAAAUCCUGUAGUGAAAAAUACGACUGUUUUGUGUGCUACAACGAGUCCUCCAGCUCAGUCCAGAUUCAUGACGACAAAGGACGUAGCUGGUUGGAGGCUCAGCAAUACUGCAGAAGACAUCACACUGACCUGAUGAGUGGACUGGACCAGCAGGAGCAGGUUGAGAAAGUAAAACCCUUUGGUAAAUCAUCUUGCUGGAUUGGUCUGUUCCGGGACACCUGGGCCUGGUCCGAUGAAAGCCCCUCCUCCUUCAGAAACUGGAACUCAGACUCAGCGAUUAAUCCUGAGACUGAGAAAUGUGCCGCGGUGGGAGGAGAUGGCGGAUGGAAGAGCUCCGACUGUAGCCGAAAGAAAAGCUUUGUCUGUGCAGGAGGUAACCUGGUCCUGGUGAAGCAGAACAAAACCUGGGAGGAGGCCUUGAUCUACUGCAGACAGAACCACCGGGACCUGGUCUGGAACAUAGACACAGAGCCGUGGAAGACCCAGGUCCAGGACCAGGUCCGGAGGUCCGACAGUAAGUUGGUGUGGGUGGGUCUGCACUACGCCUGCUUCUUCGAGGCUUGGUUCUGGGUCAACGGACACUACGUUCCUGAUGACCACAAGGACUGGAGGAAACCUGGAGAAGGCGACUGCGGAGACGUCGCAGCAGUGAAGAAGAACGGACAGUGGGUCAACAGGAAGUUUGAGGAGGAACACAACUUUAUCUGUGUGCGUUCUUGCGGCUGUUGUCAUGGAAACUGA